AUGGCCGACCACAACACAUAUCUGAAGUACAAACGGGAUGAGAGACAACUCGUCUACUGGAUCAUUCAUGCAUCUGCUCAUAUCACCAAGAGUUUUCCGUCAAGCCUCACAGAGGGUUCAACCCCUACCGGAGCGAUCUCCCUGUCAACCCUCAAGUCACUCUCGGGACUCAUCGCGAAGCAUAUCGACCCGAUCCCGACAGUCAUUUUUCGUCUAUUUGCCACGGCUUCCGAUCCAGAUCCAGAGAUUCAAAAGAGCAACGUCUCACAUCAAAACUGGAUAGAAGGACUAUCGGAGGUGAACUGGCGCCGAGCCUUUACCAUUAAUUGGCUCUACGACCUGGUUAAUGUUUCUACAUCGAUUGUUGUUCAACGUCGCACGCGGGGACAGAGAAUUCAGCUCGAGACGGUUGACUGGUCCAGACUCGGCCCCUGGAAUGAACAUCGAUGGUUGUUCGGCCUUCAUGAUUUUGCUGGUGGCAUCACACACCUCGCAGUACAAAAGCCUGGGACCGAAAUUAAGUCAAAGAUCCUUCCACACCAUGUAUUCGAACUGCAGUGUAUCGUGGAGUCUCUCACAGUCUCUCGUGGUUGGUCAAUCAGUGUUUUUACCGGCCGUGUCUUAACGCCAGCUGCUAGGGGCUUUCGAGUCCGAAGAGAUGUUGAUAUUUUCAUGGAUCGCUAUAAUAAAAGAUUCGGGAAGGGGUUCUGCAGCUCUGUGGACGUUCUUUCUCAAUUGUUGGACGGUGAUGCUUUGCUCCACAGAGACCCUACUUGGAACAAGACACUCAAAGACUUUAUGAUUGAAUUUCGUACGGACUUGAACAACUGGCUUGGAGGGACCAAAUAUAUGCAUGACUUGACGGGUAUCCCGCCAUCACGUUUCUCAAACACCAAUAGCAAGGUCUGUGAGAAUACUGUCCAUUACUUUGUGGCGCCGGGCUUGUAA